GCCAGAUUAGACAUUGUAACUGUAUAAAGUCUACAGACAGAAGCAGUCCCGCAGCUUAGAACGUGCUGGAGAAAAGUGACCAGACCCAGAAUAAAGAUAAAGAUGGUUCUUGCCAAGUCAUGGACUAUGGUGCGACACUUUGAGGGUGCUCCUAAACUGGAAGACUUCAAAUUGAUAGAGAAAGAGCUACCACCUCUUAAUGAUGAAGAACUGUUGCUGGAGUCCGUGUUUUUGAGUGUUGAUCCAUAUAUGAGACCAUACAGUAAAAUGGCUUUGAAGGAAGGUGAUGUUAUGCUGGGAUCACAAGUUGCCAGAGUUGUGGAGAGCAAAAAUCCAGCUUUCCCAGUUGGAGGUUACUAUGUUGGACAUGCAGGAUGGACAACUCACUUCAUUUCCAAUGGUAAAGAUAUUGAAGCAUUACCUGCUAAUUGGCCAGAAAAUUUGCCCAGAUCAUUAGCCGUGGGAGCAGUUGGCAUGCCCGGAUUGACAGCCUAUUUUGGACUCUUGGAAAUCUGCAAACCAAAACCUGGGGAUGUUGUUCUGGUUAAUUGUGCGGCUGGAGCUGUUGGUUCUAUAGUUGGACAAAUUGCAAAAAUCAAGGGCUGCAAAGUGGUUGGUUCAGCUGGCUCAGAAGAAAAAGUUGCAUAUUUAAAAGAAAUUGGUUUUGAUGAAGCAUUUAACUACAAGACUGUGAGCUCUUUAGAGGAAGCUCUGAAACGAGCAUCUCCAGAAGGUUAUGAUUGCUAUUUUGAGAAUGUUGGGGGAAAGUACGCAGACACUGCACUUCAGCAAAUGAAGGAUUUUGGAAGAAUAGCAGUAUGUGGCGCCAUAUCUAUGUACAAUGAUUCAGUUCCUCAGACAGGUCCAUACAUACAGCCAUAUUUGCUCUUUAAACAACUGCGCAUGGAAGGAUUUAUAGUGCUUAGAUGGAAAAAAAACUAUCCAGAGGGAGUUAAACAGCUCUUGGAAUGGGUUGUAGAGGGCAAGCUAAAAUACAGUGAACAUGUAACAGAAGGAUUUGAAAACAUGCCCGCAGGUUUCAUCGGGAUGCUGAAUGGAGAAAACAUUGGGAAGGCAGUAAUAAAAGUGUAACAAACAUCUGGGAAUGGCUUGAAAACCUUUUAGGCUAGAAUAACUACCUCUUAGAAUAUUUUAAUGCUGAUAAUAUUUGGACCAAUUUAGUACAAUGUUUUAUACUAUCAAAAGAAAUUAUUAAUUAAAAAAUAUAUAUAUUAA